AUGAACAUAUUUGUGAACUCUGUACCUAAUGAUGUGGUAAUGGGUAUAGACUGCAAUUCAUUCAGUUUAAAGAAAAAUCAGCAGUUCCACGGAAUUAAGCUCAUUUCAUCAGACGUCAAGUAUCAUGUAGUCCACUUCCAGCAUAGUGAAAACGGUAUACGCUACGGUUAUUGGUUCUCCACUGACCCUAACCUAUACUUGUCGUUCAGCUACAACCCAGAGCAAGAAAUAUAUAUUCCAGAGUUUAGGUCCGAUGACAAUGCUAGACAGGAGCUGGAAUUGCGCUUCAAGAGCUGCCAACACCUGAUGGUUAGUUAUCCUUCAGAAGCAAACGAUACCUGGCAGACCCUCACAAGCUGCAUGAAAUGGGCGGAUAUCCGCUACUGGGCCAGCGAACUAAGUGUAGAUACACCGGUUGUAUACGUGGAUUCUACCAUGACAACAUCAGAGGAGAACCACAUGCUACGGAAGGCCCUCGCAAACACCUCUAACUCGCAGCGCCAGAUAAACGUCCCAGAACAAGAGCCUACCCUCAAUUAUACACCUAUUCGUUUCAAAUCAAACGAGGCACUUCGCGCAGACCACCGGACUACCGAUUUCCUCGAUAAAUCGUGGUACUUAUACCAUGUCAUUCUGGCGCAAUACCACUACUCCUCCUUCCAUUCUCUCCUUGGAGAAAUGCAAUUCUCCUUUUUAAAUUCCAUGAUUUUCAGCAACUAUGGCUCAAGUCUACAGUGGCAUGCUAUUAUUGAACUGAUAUGUGGGAGUUCGAAGGUGUCACCUUCCCAGAUUCAAAAGCUCGAUCAUAUCCUAUCCAGCCAGCUAAACAUACUACCCCAAGAAUAUGCAGAUACUCUGCUCAACGAAGAAGUUUGGACUCGUUGUCUAACAGUCAGUACAGCUAGGGACUGCUAUCAUAGUGAAAGCUUAAAAUCAACAACAGCGGCCAUCCAAAAGCUCAUCCCCGACGUAUUUCCAGUAGCGAUGGAAACUGCAGCAAAAUUGGUACCAGAAGACCUAGAAGAGGAGGAGCAACUAGAAAACGCCAGCACCUUCUUUGACAGUGAUGACGAGUAUGCUCCAGCGGUUGCCAGUACUGUGUUCUACAAAGUUAACCUGUCCGGGAAAACCGGUGAUUACCGGACAGACGAAGGGGUUUAG